UCGUCUGCGUUUAUAUUUUAUCUUACUUUUUGCGCUACAUCAAAAAUUGGGGAACUUUGCGCUAGCGCGUUUUCCUUUGUUAUGUUUUUUUGCGUCUCUUGUAGUGCGUGACUCACAAGGCCGAAAUUAUAAAUGGUGGCGGGUUCUAAAUAUAGAUGAAAUUUUAUUAAAGUCCGAUUUAUAAUGCAAAUUCGCUUUCCGAAAACACUGCGCAAGUAAGAAACGUAAAAAUAUAAGCUAAUUGUGCCGUUGGGAAACAAAAAUACACUUGUAUUUAUUAACCCCUCCACAGUCGCGGCGUCUAAAAAGUUUUCAUUCUUAAUGCGCACUUCAUCAUUCUGUGUUAAAUGACUCGCAGGGUUUUACAACUUGAAAUACAACGAUAAACUGUCAGUGGCGCGAUCACGAUCUGAUUAGUGUUUCGAUUUAAUUAAUAACAAGUGCAUAAAUUUUUUUUUACAUUCAGUGGAGUUUGAAGGAACGCUUAAGGACUAUAAGGACUUAACCUAUAAAAGCCGGUGUUCGAACUGUCAUCCUAUUUAAUCAGCUGAUAGAUUUUUUGUUUACAAUGCGGAUACACAGGCUGUAAAUCUACCAUGAGGAUUUUUGUUUUGGUUUAAAAAACAUGCCUUUUAGUUUAUUGAAAGGCGCGCACCAAUUGCGGCUAAUAAAUAAUUUGAAUUUGUAGGUUAAGUGCGUUCGUAUCGCCAAACAAUAAUGUUGUCGUUAAAGAAAGUGUACAGUGACGAGUUGCUUCAAAUCGCGUUGUUAAUUACUUUAUUGCGGGUGAAUCAGGACCCAUUAUACGAAAACGACAUUUACAGUAGUGUGAACGAUUUGGAUUUCCAUAACGGUACCAGUUGGAGGAGUGUGUCGCCCGCAGUUUUACGGACCCAUUACGUCCACCCCAAAAGUCUAGACUCGGUAUUGCUCAACUAUGAACGAGAACUGUUCGCCGAUUUAAAUUCGCUGGGAAGAUUUAAUAAUGGCAACUUCAGACAUCCGAAUGUAACUGCUUAUUUAUUAAAUAUCGAACGGAUCGGGGCCCCGGGAAAUGAUCAGGAUUCCUUGUCAGCUUCGAUUCAGAACCAGUCUCAGCUGUCGGCGUCGACUCAAAAUCAAACCCAGCAAACUUCUGAAACAGAUUCCCAUUCCAAUCAAGUAGACGAUGAACUUGGGUUAACUCAGGAGGAUAUGGAUUUAAUUGAAGCUCUGUGGAAACAAGACGUCGAUUUGGGGUUUUCGUUGGAAGCAGCUAGUCAGAAAGAAGAUACGAUUAAGAAAGAUUGUUUGGAAGAUGAAGCGACUACGUCCAUACCCCCUACAGAAGAGGAGCAUUUGGAGAAAAUCAAAUGCAUCGAAAAAGAAGACAUUAAGGAAGAGGAAAUCGAACACGAAGAUGAGGACUUCUGGUCUGGGGUGGACUACACUAUCGACACCGAAACAGGAGAGUAUGUGAUAAAAGGCGAAGCCGGGGCGGACUCUAACUCAUCCUGUGACUUAGAGGACCUCUCCUUUCCAGCGUUUUCCGAAUUCCUCCUUGAUGAAGCUUUACGGUUGGUCGAUGAUGCAACUGAAGGACAGAACAAUACCGAGCACGUAGACCGUCUUCAGAAAUCUGCCGCGGAUGGUAAUAAUAAUACCAAUACGAGCGAGUCCGAUUUUGAUUUGUUCUCAGAAAUGAUUCAAACGCCUCAAUUCCACCACCCCCACCACAGGGCGGCUGCGUUCCAAAGUCGUAUGCCGUUCGUACGCACGGUGAGCAUGGAACAGCGCUGGCAGGAUCUGGCGAACUUGCUUAGCCUCCCCAGCCCCGGGGACGGCGCUGCGGGGUUGCACCACCCCUUUGGGCCACACCACGCCCUUCACAACUAUAGCCAUCAGCACGCGCACGCAGCGGCGGCGGCCGCAGCUGCUUACGGUCCCGACGCCAGGGGCGUACUCCUUCACAACGCGACCCUUACACCGCCCAUGGGGGAUCUCAAUUCCACGGUCCCAUAUGGUAAUUUAGGAGGUACGAUCGGGAACGCGGUAGCUACUUCGAUGAAUCUGACCAACAGUAGCGAGCCCAUGGGUGAAUCGAGCAGCGCACCCCAUUAUAAAUUGGAACCAUCCAACGAAAUGAUGUAUUAUCCGAAUAAUACCUCAGAAUUCGGCUCAAACCAGACCGACGGGUUUCUUUCUUCGAUCCUCAACGACGAGGAUUUGCAGCUAAUGGACAUGGCAAUGAAUGAAGGCAUGUACACGAUGCGUAUGCUGGAGAGCAACAAUGUCGUGAGCAAUCUGAGCAUGAACGGCACUACCGGGACACCCGGCGUAUCCAGAACGGAUAUGGAACGGUUGGACACGUCCAGCGAUAGUGCCGUUAGCUCGAUGGGUUCCGAGAGGGUACCCUCGCUCUCCGACGGGGAGUGGUGCGACGCCGGCUCAGAUUCGGGCCACACCAGCGGGGAACAUUACAUAACGGACUACCAGAACAAGUACAGGCCGUUCGAUUACAGCUAUUCAAAUCGUCAGUUGGCAGAAAACGCUCGCAUGCCUCCCGUAGCUCAGAAAAAGCACCAGAUGUACGGCAAAAGGUAUUUUCAGGAUCAGGGCGCCAACGGCACCGUUCCGCAUCCCCAUACGCCGAUUAAAUACGAAUAUAGGGACACCGGUAGCACUUCUUACAAUAGCCCGAGCCAAGCGGACGGCGCUGCGAGGACAAAAAUGCCAGAGAUGAAGUACUCGUGUUCGUUAGAGUUUAGUCACAUGGCACGAUCUCCCGCCGAUCACAUUCAACACAAUCACAGCUACCAUCUUCCGGCCGAGAAUUCUGGCGUGAUGCAGAGGCCCGUGUCACGGGACAAGUCGAAAGCUCGCAAAUCGGAAGAGGAGCACCUCACAAGAGACGAAAAACGAGCCAGAGCGCUCAACAUACCGAUAUCCGUCGAUGACAUUAUUAAUUUACCCAUGGACGAGUUUAACGAGCGCCUUUCCAAGUACGACUUGAGCGAGGCUCAGCUGAGCCUCAUCCGGGACAUCAGACGGCGAGGCAAGAACAAAGUGGCCGCCCAGAAUUGCAGGAAACGCAAGCUCGACCAAAUUCUCAGCCUGGCGGACGAAGUGAAGGAGAUGAGGGACAGGAAGAUGAGACUUAUGAACGAUCACGAAUAUGCCGUGAACGAAGUGAAGCGGAUGAAGGAUAAGUACCAACAACUGUAUAGACACGUAUUCCAGAAUUUACGCGAUCCCGAUGGCAACCACUAUUCCCCUUAUCAGUACAGCCUUCAGACAACCGCGGACGGUUCGAUUCUGAUGGUGCCGCGUUCCAACGCGGCGUUGACUAACCAAUCGGAACGCAAAGAGCCGUCCCAGAGUCAAAAGGACUAAACGGGAGUGCUUUGAUUUUCCGGGAUUUACUGCGAAAAUCGAGUUCGCGGUGUAAGCUGGCGCAAGCAUUUACUCUUUUUUUCUUGUUGGUUCAAUUUAGAUUAGUAGUACAGUAACGCAAAAUAUAUAAUAUAUAUUUUUUUAUAACUAAACCAGGUGAUGAAAAUGCCUUUUCAUAAAGUUGUACAUAUAAUAUAAUUACGAUAUAAUUGAGCGGCGCGGAUGGAAAUUACUUUCGAUUGCGUGGUGUAGGUUGCUCUUGCAUUUUUUUUUUUAUUAUUCAUCAACAGCCCCCGGUAUAAUUAGAUUUAUCAUCAUUUUUCGAUGAGCGCGUAAUGAAAACACGAAACGCCCCCGUGUUGUUACUAUAAGAAACCGUACUUGAUUUUAUUUGAUUGGAAUAAAAUUAAUCUCUUACGAUACAUUAAAAAACUAGGCUAAUUAAUUAAUUAAUAUUUUUUUAUAAGCAGCAGGUAGGUUUUUGUACAUUGUAUAGUGUAAGUAGGAAGCCGUGGGAAACUCGUCUAAAUGUAGGGUUGUGCAAGAUACACCACCUCCGAUCGGGGGCGUCGAAGCCGGAUUUCGGUGUUAUCGGGAUCCGUCGCCAUUUUGUACAUAGAAACAGAAGAUCAAACGCGACCUUGUCGUUAUCGUUUGGCCGGCGUGACUCUAAUGGUGGUUUAUCUCUUACAUGAAAAUGAUUUAGAUACGAGUUUUAAAUAAAUAUUUCAUAUUGUGAAUGUCUAUUAUUAUAGUUAGUUAGCUGGGAUUGUUAGCUUAUAUAGGCAAUGGUUUGUUAGGCAAAGUGUAAUAAUUGCUGGACUCUUUUAAACUAUUCCGCUUUUAGUGUCAUAAUCCCUACUUAAUCAGACUAACUUAAGUGACCGAUUAUUUUUUAUUAUCCACGUGGAAUGUUAGGUAUGUUUUUAAAUAGCGGAGAUUCUUGCGGUAGUUUUUUUUUUUUUAAUUUUUGUUUAUUUUUGGUAUAAAUUUGGCGGUUUUCAUUUUUCUUUUAACUUUAAUAUUAAUGUCUACAAUGCGCUUUUGGUUUUCCUUUUCCGUUAAAAGCCGACCAGUCAAUGUAGCACAUCCCCUUGAUGAUUUAUAACAAAAAAUUCCCCUAAGAAUCGCCAAUCUAAAAAUAAAUACCUAACGAAAUAAGCGAACACCUUUAUAGGCGGUGGAAUUGCAAUAAUAAUAAACACUGUUUACCCAACUUUGCUUUUUUUUUUUUUGUUAUUUUGCUUCGAGAUCUCCUUAUCGAUUGCGCGGUUUUUUGGAAGUCCUGAUUCAAUGGAAACGAAACUGUUCAGCCAAUCGGAUGUACGUGUUUUUAAUCCCAUUUAUGUUUUGUA